AUGGGUUUCAAGAAUACAGUACAUGUGAGCGGGUUUCCGCGCGGGACAAGAGCGCGAAAUCUAGCUCCAGACUUUGAAAAAAUAGGCAAGGUGGUCCGCAUUGACAUUCCACCUGCAAGAUCCCCGUAUGCACGCCCGUACGCGUUUGUUGAGUUUGAGGACAUACAGGAUGCGUACACCGCCGUUAGCGAGCUGGAUCAGCAGCCGUUCGCGCUCGACCCGCAAUUUACGCUACUAGUGCAAAUGGCCCGUUCGGAGCCACAUCCUUCUCGGCUGGCAGGUGCCCCCAACCCCAUUCGCGACACUCCUCAACAAUACGAUUACCCAGAGAACCACCGCGCACCCCGAGCCAAUUUCAGACGUUACGACGACUACCCGCCUCGUAGGGGCUAUCGCGAGGACAUGCCGCGCGGCCGAGGCACCUACGGGUCUCGCAAUCAUAACGACUAUAGGGGAUCCGAUUUGGACGUUCGCAGAAGAGACCUUUCGCCUGCAAGAGUUCACAGCGAAAGUGGGCCUGCCCCUUAUCAGCAUGUAGCGGUGGCCACCUCGAGUGAAUCGGCUAAUGAAGACAACAUGACUGGAAUUGAGAACUCUCAAUCAAUAGACACUCUUGAGAACAACUCGAGAGACAAUGAGAAUGACUCCAAUGCUGUUCCAAAUUCUGCGACAGGCGCCGAAAAUGCGAUCGCGACUCACGACUCAUCCUCAGACCCCGCAUCUCAGCCACAGGCCACAACGAUAGCACCAGGAGAAGCAGAAACCACCGAUUCUCGGGAAGCUCCUGCUAUAAGUGCACAGAAUUCUGACAAUUCCGCGCUCUCAGCAGCUGACUCGGGCGUUGCAAUUGAUCCACACUCUUCAAGAAUCGAAGAGGAUCGGACGACAGCUUCUCAAAUUACCUCCGGUGAUCCAACCACUGAAUCUUAUAGUAACGGUGCCAUUGCCUCGGAAAAGCCCCAAGAUGGAUCCGUUUAG